AGCCCGCCGGGAGGGAGGAGCAUGAAGCCGGGCUCGGAGAAGCCCCCCUGGCCCGGGACCUCCUACCCAGCUCCGCCCCCCACGCAGAUCACUGCUCCUUUCUGGGGCCGGGCCCAGACCUUCGCUUCCAGGCCUGGUACAUACAGAGCUCCAGAACCUAUUAUCAGCCUCCAGGAACUUUAUAACAAUCUAUGUAUAGAAAAUUCACAGAAAAUUAAUGAAUUUAUAUUGCUUAAACUCAAAGGAGUGGAUGAAGAAAUCCAAAAGGGAUCAGAAGGAAUCACAUUAAACCUCGCUGGUAACAAUCACUCAAUGCCAGUGGAAAGACUAACAAAUGAAGAUUUUUUAGCUCUUUCUAAAACUGUAGAGAAGAAUCCAUACGUUAAUGGUUUGGAUCUUAGAUAUAACCUCAUAAGUGAUGCUGGUGCAUACUAUGCUGCAAAACUGCUUCAGAAACAACACAUUCUCAUUUACUUAAACCUUAUGUUUAACGAUAUUGGGCCCAAAGGUGGAGAACUGAUUGCUAAAGCACUACAUAAGAAUACAACUCUGAAAUACCUAAGAAUGACUGGAAACAAGAUUGAAAAUAAAGGUGGAAUGUGUUUUGCUGCAAUGCUACAAAUGAAUUCAUCCUUAGAGAAGUUAGAUCUGGGUGACACUGAUCUGGGAAUGCAAAGUGUGAUAGCAUUUGCUACAGUCCUAACUCAGAACCAGACAAUUAAAGGAAUAAACCUAAACCGACCUAUACUGUAUGGUGAGCAGGAAGAGUCCACAGUUCAUAUAGGCCACAUGUUAAAGGAAAAUCACAGCCUAGUUACACUACACAUGAGUAAGCAUAAUGUGAAAAAUUCUGGCCUAAAACAGUUAUGUGAUGCACUAUAUCUGAACAGAAGCCUGCGCUACCUUGAUGUCAGCUGCAAUAAAAUAACUCAUGAUGGAAUGGUGUUUUUGGCUGAUGUACUGAAAAGCAACACUACCCUGGAAGUAAUAGAUCUUUCUUUUAACAGAAUAGAAAAUGCAGGAGCAAAGAAUCUCAGUGAAACUCUUGCUUCACACAACAGGACCCUUAAAGCGUUGUCAGUAGUCAGCAACAACAUAAAGGGAGAAGGACUUGUUGCACUUUCAGAGUCAAUGAAAACAAAUGCCACACUCUCUAAUAUCUACAUUUGGGGAAACAAAUUUGAUGAGGCUACAUGUGUGGCAUAUUCAAACUUAAUUGAAAUGGGCCGUCUAAAACCAGACAAUACAGAUGUGCAGCCAUAUGAGGUGGAUGGACGUGUGUAUCUUUCAGAAGUCUCCAAUGGCCUUAAAAAGCACUAUUACUGGACACCAACUUAUGGAGAAGCUUUCAGCCACUCAUCUAAUGCAGGUUUCAGUCUUGUACCAGUAGGCCAACAGCUAUGACAAACAGCUCUAAAAUAAUUUUCACACAUUGGACUUAUUUAUAGUCACAGAAAUGAACAUUUUAUUGCCUAUUUCAUAAAUUAGGACAAUUUACUUUUAUCAAAUAUGUAAAAGAUAUGGCUAUAUUAAACUGUGUAAUUAUCCAUUAUG